GUGUUUAUGUAAAUAUGUUUUUGCCUAUCCAGGUUGAUAUUUUAAACAUACUUACAUGAAUAUUAAUACUUAGUUCCCUAAUUAUCGCAUAAUCAGUUAGCUCUUCAAAACUUAUCACAAACCACGAAUUUUUCAAAAAAAUAAAAAGAUUUAUAUAAAACUUUAUAAGCUUGUUUUUGGGGGAGGUAAGCUUUAACAAUAAAGAUAUUUCUAUUUUACAGCGCCAUAUUUGGUUGUAUCCUUAUCUAACAUUGGUCACACAUUCCUGAACUAAAGGACGUGGCAAUCAAAAAAGGCAUUCUUGUUUUCCUAACAUAUCCUGCCUUUAAUUGGGAAGAUUAGCUACUUAUAUCCCGGCUAGGCCAACUAGAGGUAUUUCUUUUUUCCAACGAAAAGUAUGCGUUAUUAUUCAUCUGUUCUAAAUUCCUUUACAACAUAACAUAAAAAAUUGAUUAACAUUUCAGAUCCUGAUAAAAUUUAAUAUGCAAAAAUAACAAAAAAAGUAUGAACAUUCGUUUUUCACUUUUAAAGCCGCAUUUAUGAUCUUGGAUGCUUAAUUAUGCAUAUUUUUCUAUGAAAAAAGAGGAAGCAAAUAUAUAUAAUUUUACGUAGAUAUUCCCUUUUCGCUAAACUAAUUUCUUGUGAAUAUAUUUUCAAUUAUAUCACUUUUAAAAAAACUUAAAAAGAAUUCUUUGUUAACAUUCUGAAAAAAAUACCGAGAUAACAUAAUAGGACACAACACAGCUACAACGUAGGAUCAUCCGGGUUUUUCUUAAAUAUUAAAAAUAAAGAAAACUGUAAUAGCCUUCUUUUAUGCAAAACGAAAAAGAUGACCACAGCUAAGGUUCACAGAGUUACAUUUCAUCUUAAAGUAUGGGUAUCGACUACAAGAGUUUAGUUGGCGAAGGAGAAGACGAUGGACAAAAUGAGGUCAGCUCUGAAAGUGACAAUUCUGAUUCACCAAAAAAGACAAGAUUUGCUAAUCUAAAUGCAAAAAUUUGGUUAAAAACAGGUGUGAAGUCGCUUGCUCGUAAAUGUCGGAUUGUCGAUGACACAGAUGACGGGAAAACAAAUUUGAUUCAGUCUUUAUUCAACAUUAUAAAUGCAAAUCUUGGUACUGGUAUCUUAGCAAUGCCUUUUGUGAUCCGAUUGGGUGGCUAUUGGGGGAUUUUUAUUACUGUACUAAUAGGAGUUCUUGGAAACUACACAGGAAAGGUGCUGAUCAGUAUGCUGUAUGAAGAAACAGAGGAUGGCACGAGAGUACGUGUGCGAGAUAGUUACGCAGAUAUUGGAGAAGCGUUUAACCCAAAAUUUGGGCGUUAUCUGGUUCAUAUUGUAAACUGUAUCGAGCAAUUCUCACAUUGUGUUCUGUUACUUAUUAUGCCUGGAACUGUUAUUGCUCACACAUUUCCUGCAUCUGGCAUGAAUGAAAGCACGUGGAUAUUUCUCAUAUCUUUAGUCAUCAUCCCUACCAUUUUUAUUCGUAAAAUGCACCAAGUGACGUGGAUGAGUAUAUUGUCAGUUGCCAUAGCGACAUUCAUCAGUGUAUGUGUCCUUCUUUACAGCCUCACACAUCGUACGCAUUGGUCAUAUGAGAGUUUACCCGGAUUUGAUGUACAUAUUACACCAAUAUCACUUGGUAUUGUCAUGGUAACUUAUUCUUCACAAGCUUAUAUGCCGGCGAUCGAAAGAUGCAUGCGUGAUCCAGAGUUGUUCGAUCCGCUUAUAGAUUUCGCUUACACUCUAGUCACUGUAUUUAAAUUUGGCAUUGGAGUUAUAGUCUUCUUAGCCUUCACGAACGAAACUGACCAAAUCAUGACCCUGAACCUCCCACACAAUUUUUUCGGAGUUAUAUUUAAUGUGGCCGCCAUUAUACUAUCGUUGUCAUUUUACACGGUACCGAUGUUCACGAUGUUUGAUAUUAUUGAAAAUCAACUAACACUUCCAAUUUUCAUGCAGAGAUUUUUAGAUGCGGAGAAAUCUUAUUUUGGGAAAAAGUUUUUAACACCCAAUUUAAUGUUCCGUUUUGUGGUUGUUUUGAUGUUCAUCUCGAUUGCUUCUGCUGUUCCGCAUUUUAGUCUGCUCAUGUCAUUCGUUGGUAACACUACUGGCAUAACCUUAGUCUUGCUCUACCCUAGUUUGUUUUACGUCAAACUUCGAUGGAAUAAUCUUUCAAACACCGUGGUCGUGAUUAACUGUUUGAUUGUUGUUUUUGCUGUGGCUGGAGGUCUUUUUGGGAUCAGUUCUGCAGCCAGAGCUUUCUAUUCGGUGUUCAACCAGUAUUGAUAUCAUUAUUUGUGGGACACAUCCUUGGGGUUUAUUACGUUCAGGGUAUAAAUUAUCAAAAGAAAGCACUUAUAUGGCUCAAUGACAAGAACGUAAUAAUUUGUUGUCUCCUUCAUCUUUGUAACAAACAAUUAUGUUGCCUCGUUCAAACAAAUAUUACUCAUAACUCCGCGGUUCAAUGGUUAAUUUAACAGUUAAAGUAAAACCGAAAAUACGAUCAAUUGAAACAAUAUUUAUGAUUCUUAAAAUGGAUUUCGUUUAAACCAAUCUUUUUAUUACACAAAUACCUUUCUGAAUAAACUCUCCUGGCGUUUGGUAUUUACUCAAGGUAGCGUUUAUUUAAGAGGGGAGUUAUUGUUAAAUAACAUCUGCCAUGUUGGUAUUAUACAGA